AUGACUUCAAAAACAGUACAAAUCGAAUCGACAACACAAUUCUCGAACCUCCUCUCCUCGAGCGCCAUCGUAGUCGCUGAUUUCUACGCAGACUGGUGUGGACCAUGUCAACAGAUCGCCCCCAUAUAUGAGCAGCUCUCGGCUCAGCUGUCCCGACCAAAUAAGAUUACCUUCACAAAAAUCAACACAGAUAGACAACAAGAACUCUCUCAAGCAUAUGGAGUGACUGCGAUGCCAACCUUUAUGAUCUUCAAGAAUGCACGCCAAAUUGAACAUAUCCAAGGCGCCAACCCUCAGAAGUUGAGUACCGCAAUCAAGAAGGUGGCCGAGGAAGCAAACAAGAUCGAUAGUGGAGAGGGCUCAGCAGGUUCAUCAGGACAGUACUGGCUCGGUGCGGCGCUACCGAAGAAUUACUACGAUGUAACGGACCAAGUGGAUGUACUGGGUCUGGAGCUACUGAAUUGGGAAACUUCAAAGGGAGGCGCUAGGGCGAUAUUUAAUACAGCGAAGCCCAAAGAAAACGACGACAAGGAUUACGUCGAAUCCGACACCGACGAACAACUCAUGAUAUAUGUACCAUUCCAAUCUACCUUGAAAGUCCGUUCUUUACACAUCACAUCCGCGCCCACAGACACAGACGAUGACGAGCAGCCAUCGCGGCCAAAGGUUCUCAAGAUUUUCACAAACAAGCCUCAAGCUCUUUCCUUCGACGAUGCCGAAAGCAAUGCCGCCACGCAGGAUGUAACGCUGACAGAAAAAGACUGGGACCCUAAGACGAACACCGCUAAGAUCGAAUUACGGUUUGUGAAAUUCCAAAACGUCAGCAGUCUAGUAAUAUUCGUGGCGGAAAGCGAGGCAGAUAAUGAGAAGGUCAGAAUAGACAGAAUCAGGAUCAUCGGCGAGAGUGGUGAGAAGAGAGAUGGUAAGAUUGAGAAGAUAAGUCAUGACGAUUGA